CUUCGACGAGCGACAACUAAAGUUUGUGCUCGAGCACGACUCUGUCUUUUCCCCCGAACAGUAUUCCAUUUAUGUUGUCUUUGCUUCCCACGAAACAUGCUUUUCAUCCGGAAUUGAAGAGAUAAAGAAAGAAAGAAAAGGCCCGAUCAAAGACAUAGCUGUCCAUUUGACACAGAAAAAUCAUUGCCAAAUAUUCCUCAAAGCUGUCACCUUGUCAUUAAUUUUUUAACUCCUCCUUGUUCCGUCCGCUUCUGAGCAGAAUCUUGCCUUGCACAAUUCGUCAAAGGGUAACGAUUAACAGGUAUGAAUUUCUGCAAAACACACAACCCGUUUGAUUUUCCGUUUUCUUGAUAUCAACAAAAAGAAAAAAAACCCAUGUGUGUUUUCCUCUUUUGUUCCACCAUUGAUCAUGAACUUGGCUUCUAAUGCAUUGCUUGGCCUUGCCUCUUUGAUUCUUGUAGCUCAGUUUUCGAGUAUUACUCUGCGUGUACAUGGUGUUUAUUACGCUUAUGAAAGGGAUGAUUUGGUGAGGCUAAGAGAUUAUCUGAAGUCUCCUACGUUUAACCUGAGAGCAAAUUGGUCAGGACCACCUUGCAUCAACAAUAGUAGCAGAUGGGUUGGUGUUUCUUGCUUGAACUCACAUGUUGUCCACCUUGUGCUUGAUGAAUUGCAACUCACAGGGUCCCUCCCUCCUGGAUUCCUGGAAAAUGUGACUUUCCUGAGUAGGCUUAGCUUCAGAGACAACUCCAUCUCCGGUCCCCUUCCUAACCUUACGAAUCUCGUAUCCCUGCAAGAUGUGUUGCUCUCUGGCAACCGAUUCUCAGGUCCAAUCCCUCCAGACUAUGUCGACCUGCCGAGAUUGAAGAAUUUAGAGCUGCAUGAGAACAAUUUGAGCGGACGGAUCCCGCCUUUCGGUCAAUUGACUCUGAUAGGUUUCAACAUCUCAUAUAAUCGUCUCGAGGGCCCUAUUCCACAAACUCGUGUUCUUCAAGAGUUUCCAAGAAGUUCCUAUGAUCACAACCCGGGUCUUUGCGGAAGACCCCUGGAGACUCCAUGUGCGGUGGCACCUCCUCCAUAUAUUCCACCAAUACCAACUCCUGCACCCGGUCCAUUUAUUCCACCACCGGCCCGGCUAACGAGAGGUCUACGAGCGUGGAUUAUUACUGUUAUUGCUGCAGCGGCAGUUCUAGUUCCUCUAAUUACUGUGGUCGUUUUCAUGUUCUACUGUAAAAUGGGGUUCGGUAGAAAAGAGCAAGCAAGAGAAGACCAGGGAGUCAGAGGUUCGGUUGAGAUGAUGGAGAGGAGUAGACGUCAUUUAAAGAGCAGGGAGGAUCCAGAAAGGACAGUGGAACUUGAUAUUUUCAACAGGGAGAUUCAAGCUUUCGACUUGGAUGAUCUACUGAGAGCGUCAGCUGAAGUACUCGGAAGAGGGAAACUAGGUAGUACUUAUAAAACAAUAUUGGAGUCCGGUUCGAUCGUUGCCGUUAAGAGACUCAACAACAUGAACGGGCUGCGCAAGAAAGAAUUCAAACAGCAGAUGCAUAUGCUAGGAAACCUGAUGCACGAAAACCUUGUCCGGGUCAUCUCCUUUUACUAUUCCAAGGAGGAGAAGCUGGUCGUCUAUGAAUUUGUCUCUGAUGGCAAUUUGUUCAAGCUUUUACAUGAGAACAGAGGACCUGGAAGAGUACCUCUGGCUUGGGACACGAGACUAUCCAUCAUUAAGGACAUAGCCAAGGGCCUGAGUUUCCUGCACCAGUCUUUAUCAUAUCAGAAAGUUCCGCAUGCAAAUCUCAAGUCUUCCAAUGUUCUUAUCUCUCGUAGCAACCAGAACUUUUGUGCUAAGUUAGCAGAUUUCGGCUUCUUCUCAUUACUUUCACCGCGCAAGUCAUUAGAAAAUCUAGCAAUUGGAAGGACGCCGGAACUUUCCCAGGGAAAGAAGCUUACACACAAAGCUGAUAUCUACUGUUUCGGAAUAAUAAUACUAGAGCUCAUGACCGGCAGAAUCCCAGGGGAGACCACGGAUGACAAUCAGGUAAUAGCCAGCGAUAUAUCUGAGUGGGUGAAAGAGACGGUGCACGGCGAGUGGUCCACCGAUGUAUUGGAUGUGGAAAUAUAUGCUGCCAAGGAAGGGCACGACGACAUGCUCAAGCUCACAGAGAUAGCUCUGGAGUGUACGGAUUUAGUACCAGAGAGAAGACCCGAGGCGAGUGAGCUUCUUAGAAGAAUAGAAGAGAUCGAGACCGGAAACCAAGAUAACAACUGAAGAACCCAGGAAAGAUCUUCAAGUUUUGCUGCUCUAGCUACAGAUGGAACUAACUCUUUAACUCAUUCUUUCAAUGCAGAUUCUGCGCCAUUCAGUUUUACUCAACGGGCAUCUGUAUGAUAUUGAUUGCAGAUACCACAUGAAAGCACUUCAACCCAACGGUGCAUCUUUUUACUUAACACAUAUUGUACGUACUGCUGAUCAUCAAUUGUGAUAGUUUUGGUGAUGUGGAGUACGAAAAUUUUGAUUCUGUGACCACUCAAUAGUUAUCAGGCCUGGCCUAGCUACCUCAAUGAAAUUCACGUUCUUGUAGUGUUUG